UCUUGAAUAGUUGUCUAUUUUUAUUCAUAAACAAAAUUUCGUAAAGUAUUAAUAUUAUCUAAAAAUGAAUCAACUUUUACUUUUUUCCUGUUUACUUAUUAUAAGCACAGUUGCUGGAGCUCCUUCAGGAGCGGAUGAUCAAAAAACGGUACCAGUUAAACCAUUCCAAGCUCAAGAUUGUAAUUUACCAAUUGAAGAUGAUACAGAAUUUUCGUGCAGAGCUUUGAUGCCUAGAUAUAUGUGGAGCGUUAAAGAGAAAAAAUGUGUCGGCGAAUUUUAUGGUGGAUGUCAUGCUACUAUAAAUAACUUCAAAACUAAAAAAGAGUGUCAAGAGAUUGCUGAACCAGUUUGUUCGAAAAUCUAAAAUUCUCAUUUUUUACAUUCCAAUAUCACAAUUAAUAUCUCAAACAAUUAGGUUUGGUAAUUACGGUGAAUUGGUGAAUAUUUAAUUAUGUAUUGUUAUAAUAUUUAAAUUUAAUAAAAAUAUAAUUUAUUUGUUA